AUCAGCAGUAUAUACAUUUAUCUUUCAAGAAACACAAUUUCCCUAUCAUUAUUUUGAGUGCAUAAGAUAUUCUUUGGGCCAAAGGAAAUAAGAGUAGCCUCUGUGAAUUGAUUGCAAGUAUUUUUUAUUUUUUACAAAAAAAAUAUACUCAUUUGUGUAAAUCAAAAACAGCAAAAUAUAAUUUCUAUGACAAGCACACAAAUGAUCAUAAUUGAUGUCAACUGAAGUCACUGUAGAUAUUCAUUGUUUUUUUCCCCACAUCUGUCGCCAGUCAAUAGCCUCAUCACACUUGUCAGGGUAAUUGCAGUCCUCAGUGUUUUCCUGCAAAUCUCUCCUUGUGUCUCAGUCUAAAUCAACAUAUGAAAGGCAGUUGUCAUAUGCUAGCUGAACAACCGUGACAGCCAUUGAUCAUUAUUUGAGCACAUCUGUUUAAAGUUGCAUGGCUGUGUCCGAAUAUGCACACUAUUCCCAGAUAGUGUUAUGCCAUUUGUAGGAGGUCAAGGAAGCAUAAAUGUAGGGUACUCAAAAUUACUCACAAUGCAACCACAAUAUAGACCACAAUGCAUUGUGAGCAGAAAAACACGGCACAAACACAAAUAUCAAUGCGGUAUAAUUAAUUCAUUUAAUUUAAUUCAAAAAAUGUACAACUAAGAAAAUGAAAACAGUUUAAAAUAAAUAUACUUUUUAUUCACAAUAAAUAGUCUGGGAUCUUUGUCAGGACAUGUACGGUGGUCACCUGAUACGCCACCAGGAAAAAGUAGUGAGCUGGGUGUCUGAAAUCACCAAACAGAAUGAGGAAACUACUUUCCAGUGCCAUAUAGUGCAGGAAUAUAUCAUGAAUGAGGGAUGAGGGGAAAAGGAUGGCCUUUCGGACACAGCCCAUGUGAGUGUAUGUAACUGUGCGGUCUCACGUAUGCUUGUACAUGUUUGUCGCGAGGGACUAGGUGAAAUUUAGUAUCAGCAAAUGAGGGAAUAUUCCCAGUUGUCAUGUGAUUGUGUGAUGUCAGGAAAGCGAGAGAGAGAAAGGGAGAGGGAGAGAGAGAGAGAGAGCGCAAGGUGUAAUUUAUCCCUACAGCUGAUCUGUGCAGAGCUCAGGGAGGAAGCAAGACCACCAGACACACAUUCGCUCUUAUCGGAGUUUUCCUUGCCUCACUUGUUAAGACAUGCACAUACAAUUUGCGUGCAUGCUCUUCUCACACUUCAGCACAAUCGCACCCUCAAACCAAUUCGGGCAUCACUUUACAGGGGAUGUUUUUUUUUCCCCCCCCAUUUUUUUAAGCUCUAAUAUUUAGAGCAUUUUUCCCUUACUGGACAUUAAGCAAGAAGAAAACAGAGAGGAAGACGGACUCAAACAACAGAAAAGACCAAGACGGAAUUAAAGGGGUUAAGUAACACAGCGGCACGAGCAAAGGACGCACACGACAACAGGAAAAUGUCCUUUUUGUCUGGCUCACAGUGGCAGGAGCCUGGCAUUAUUGCUGGUAACAACGGGUGCAGAAAACCAUCCAGUGGGCAUCAACAGCAGCAACCAAAACCUGCGCUUACCCUCUCCGCUGCCAACGUCCCUGCAGUCUUGGCCUCUGCCGACCACAGCGGCUUGCAUGACCCAGGCCAGAUGGCACCUGGCGGGAAGGUUGCUACCACCCCACAAGGGGGAUUCAAUGUGACCUUAACUGAAGAAGAAUUGAGAUUAGGGUGUGGCAAAACAUCCUCUGGAAUUACACCAGAGACCCUGGGUCUAAAUAUGCCUGUGCUGAUUGUCGAGGAUAAAACAACAGGUGGGGGACCGAAGGCGGAAAAACAAAGGGGAGGCAUUUCGCUAGGGAGUGCAGGACAAACUCCCAGCAGCCCUCUUUCUCCCUAUUCCUCCCCUUCCUCUUCAUCAACUUCUCCAGCAGUUUCUCCUGGGAAAUUAUUCAAUGCCGCACUGGAAUCUAAACCUGGAUCAAAUGCUAACUUUGGAACUAACCUGAACUGCUCUCGCCCAAGCAAAGAUGGAGUUUACAUUGAGCAAUCCCAAGAAGUUAAACAAAGACCUAUUUCGACUGGUCGUUCAUGUUCGGGAGACAAGAAUAAUCAGCCAAAUACAGUUUGUUCUUCUUCAUUUGAGGAUAUUUUUGAAGAAAAUUCAACUGGUUGUCUGAUUGAAGACGCAGGACUCAAGUCACCUAUAGCGAGGCAAAAUCCUGAUGAGCAACCUGCUGCUCAAUCUAUAGUCAAUGCAACAGGAAGUAACAUGACAUUAUCUUCCAGGCUCUCCGUCUUCCCUGCUUCAUCUAACCAAGCAAACAUCAUUGAAGAGGGAAGAGUGACGGUAAAAGGCAACUUGAACCAUGCUGAAACUCGUACAGGUGGAAAAGGAAGUCAGGAUGCAAAGACAAAUCCUAGUGAAGACAGCAAAGUGACAUUAGAUGUUACAGUCAACAAUGGGACAAAAAAUAAUCAUGCCAACGAGCUGCCCCAGCGAAGUGUGGUCAGACGAGCAAUGUCGGACUGUUCUCACCUAUCUGUUCCUACGUUAAAUGCUGAAAUGUUCCUCAGCGGUGCGGAAGGCUCAGCAGCAGUAACGUCUAACUUAACCAACUUUGCCGUAAUGGGAACAGCGUGUCCACUCAGGGUGCCCUACCCGCACAUGGUGGUCCGGCGUUCGCUCACAGUGACAGACGCCACGGAAGCCUCAGCUGCAAUGGCAUCAAUGAAGUCAACUCCGUUAAUGAUAUCACCUGUGUUGCCGUCAUCUCCACCACCUAGGAGACAUCAUGGGACCUGCGAGACCAAUGUUUUAAUUUCCGUGCCAACCUCGGCUGUGAAAGUUGACAAGGCCAAGCAGGAGAAAACAGACAUCGUGUCCAGCAAGACAGAAAAGAUGGAUGCCUUUGAGAAGAAGGAGAUAGCGGAGAAGCAGAACAAAGACAACUGCCCUGACAAGAAUCUGAAGCCUGAGAAAAUUCUCAAAGAUGACGAGAAGAUGGACAAGAUGAAUGCUGAGAAAAACAAGGCCAGUGAGAAGGCAGAGAAAACAGACAAGCCAGAGAAGACCAACAAAGAAGAUAAGAAAGUAGAGGAAAAGAAGCUGACUGAAAAGAAGGAUGAGAAAGGAGGAAAAGUGGUGGCCAAGUCUCCAACGGGCAAUGGCAGCAAGGCCCUGCCAAGCCAGGACAACAAGAGCAAGACUGAGGUGGUUUCGACCAAAACAAAUGCAUCCAAAUCUCGUCCGUCCACCCUCCCAACCAAUGGCGAGGCCACCUCAGCCAAACGCCCCUCCCCAACCAUGACCCCAGCUAAUAAAAAAAGUCCUCUGCCCAAGGCGGCAACACCCACUGCUGCUAAGAGGCCUCCAAUAGCAACUGGACCUGCAAAAACACCAGAAAGUGGAGCAGCUGAGAAACGUUCAGCUGUGCAAAAAGCCACUCCCGCUCCGCGUUCUGUUGCCAAUAAGAACAAUUCCUCUGCUUCUGCUGGGACCAAAACUGCUGCAAAUAAGAAUGACAAGACUGAGAACAAGUCAGCAGAAGCCAAGAAAACCAAACCUACAGCUCGUCCACGUCCAGCCUCCACCACCUCUCCAACGACUCCAGCAAACACAACCAACGGUGAAGCCGGUCCCACCCAACGGCGCCGGGUCAUCACCAAGCCUCCUGUCCCCAAGCAAACUGCUCUGGAAAAGAAGCCAACGGUGCCCCGUGCUCCUCGAACUCUCCGCCCCAUCAAUGCGCCCACACCAGACUUGAAGAACGUGCGUUCCAAGAUCGGGUCCACCGACAACAUUAAGUACCAGCCUGGUGGAGGAAAGGUUUCUUCCAUACAGAACAACAAGACAACAGACCCAUCCAAUCCUUCCAAGGCCAGAGUUCAGAUAGUGCACAAAAAGCUGGACUUCAGCCAUGUCACGUCUCGCUGUGGCUCCAAGGACAAUAUCAAACAUGUCCCUGGAGGUGGCAAUGUGCAGAUCCUGAACAAGAAGGUUGACUUGAGCAAGGUCACAUCCAAAUGUGGCUCCAAGGACAACAUCAAGCACAAGCCAGGUGGUGGCGAUGUCAAGAUUGAGUCUCAUAAACUGAACAUUAAGGCAAAAUCCAAGAUUGGCUCACUGGACAAUGUGGGACCAGGAAAUGGACAUACGAAUGGACACAAGGAGGAGAGAGCAGAGGAAAAAACAUCCUCACCCCCAAACAGCACUCCAAGUGCAGGACCGGCAGGUGUUGCCAAGGCAACGACAGCACCGGGAAGUGUUGCAAAGGAAAAUGGGGUUAAGGAGCCCAUGCCUACUCCUUUUGGUGGAGACGGAUUGAGGGACCCCAUGAGUAUUGACAGGCGCAUUGCUGAGAAAAAUUGAAUCUCAGCGCCAGAGUUUUAGUGGGGCACGCACCGCGCUUGCCGGCUGACCAACCAACCUUCCAUGGUGACUUCCCUUUGGCCCCGCCCUCCAUCCCGCAUCACCAAACUGAACGUCCGCCUGCCAGGGGACUGACCUUUAGCUCUCCGCACCAUAGAGAAGAGCACUUAUUGUCUGUAAAACUUCCGUCUCAUUGUACUCCUCAUGAGCACUGGCAUAGAGGAUGUAAAAUGCAAAACUAAAAUCCCAUCACUGUAGACCGCAACGCUCCGUAGAAAUAUUUUUAGUUGGCCUUUUUCUUUUUCAUGAAGUAACUUCACCUACUUUAGUAAUUUACUCAUCAAUCCAUUAAUCCUCCAACUAGUAGCAAACAACUUCACCUCCAUUGAUAAUCCAGCUCCACGCUUUCCUAACCAUCUGAAGCUUACUCGUAAAUUCAGCUGGAUAGCAACUAAUUCCCUGUCUGCUUUAAAUGGGCACAAUCAUCCUUUUAACCAGCACUUAAUGGUUUGUAAAUCUAUGGUAACUACAGCGCUGCACUGUGUGUCAUUGUAGGUAACUAGAGCUUGCUUAGCAUUGUCUCUAAUUGAAACCCUUAUACUGUAUCUGCAAUUACACAUUGGUAUCAGUGUCACUGUUAGUAAGAGAGAGUGAAACGACAGUUGAUGAUAGAUUGAGACGAUUUUGGGAGGGAAAAUGAUAUCCGUCAGAAGUAGUGUCUAUUUAAUUGCUGUGCUUCCUUCAAUUAUUUGCAUUUGAUUUGUGUUGAACUUCAGUUAAAAUUGAUUGCUGCUGCACAUUUUAAAAUUACAUUGCAUAUAAAUUGCGACAUGAAAACAUUAAUAUUCAGUAGGCUGGAUGUGAUUAUUGUCUGCUGAUAGACGAGCCUUACUGCUUUGUUUGUGUUCGGUGAAUGUAUCAGCACUACUAAACUGUUGGAUCAUGUACAUUUGCAUCCUACUGACAAAAGUGUCUGCAACACUUUUUCUGAUCACAUGGUUUUAGCACAAGACCUGUGGGACAUGGCAGGAAUGUUUAGUUUAGUUCAGGUUCAUACAUUUGGAGGCCAGGGAUAGUCUAAAUCUGGUGAAUUAGAUAAAGCUCUAUUAAAGGCAAAUCUGAUUUGUUAUAGCGUCUUUAGAUCUCAAUGUGAUGUGAUCUAUUAGGCCCGUCGCACCGAGCACCGUGGUAGAAACCAAAUGAACUGUCUCACGCUGUCCAGGGUUCCGUAACUAAUUUUCAAACCUUUACAAAAAUGUUUCCGAAAUUUACAUUUAAGGGGACCCGCCAAGUUGUACCAAUACACUGCUCACAUAUCUAUUGUGUUUUACAAUAAUACUUAAUAUUAAUAAUUUAAUUUGUACCUGUGGUUAGAAAACAAGGCAUGGUUGCCAAAAUGCACAAGUGAAGUCAGUAAAUGAGGCAAUCAAUCACUACCGACAACCUCUCAAAAUAGCCACCUUCUUCUUUAUUCUCACCCGUUUCCACUAUGCGGCCAUCAUCUCUUCCUCGACAAUCACGGCAUGUUUUCGUCGUUCAAUUAAGAAAUAAUACAGUGUCGUGUAUUACAGGGUUGCAGUUACGGUGGUCAAUGGAGUGGUACGGGGCAAAGAGU